AUGACUGAGCAGAUCCCUCAGACGCUGGCUGGCAAGGUCGCCCUAAUCUCAGGGUCCUCUACCGGUAUUGGUGCCUCGAUCGCACUUGAGCUCUCUGCACGCGGCGCCAGCAUUGUGCUCAACUAUCCCUUUGCCGAACUUGAAGAACAGGCAAACUCCGUUGGCAAGAGGCUCAAAACACCCUGGAUCGCUGUCCGAGCCGAUCUCGCCACGCUCGAAGGUCCCAAAGAACUCGUUGCUGCCGCUGUCGCACGUUUUGGCAUCAUUCAUAUCCUCGUCAAUAACGCUGCAGUCGUACCACACUGUCCCACCUGGAAGGUCACGCCUGAUGUUUGGGACCGGACCUUCAACCUCAACUCAAGAGGGACGUUUCUGUUGACACAAGCGGUCCUACCUCACCUACCUCCUUACAAGCCUUCAUCGCCACCCGCUCUGUCAGGAGUUCCGGGCGGCGGAAGGAUUAUAUGUAUCGGCUCCGGCUCUGGACGGAUACCCCAGCCAGAUCUCGUAGUCUAUUCGUCUACUAAGGGCGCUUUGGACUCAAUGAUUAAGGUCUGGGCGAAGGAACUGCCGCCGGUUUAUGGGUGUACUGUGAAUGGAAUAGCACCAGGGCCGGUCAAUACUGAGACUUUUAGACAAGGCGCAGGAGACCAACUAGAAGCUAUCAAGGCUAGCUUCGAGAAAGAUACGCCUUGCGAGGGCUGUCUCGCCGAACCAGAGGAUGUGGCCUGGGCUGCGGCGUGGUUGGCCGAAGAACGAUCGAAGUGGAUCAACGGGGAAUAUAUUAUGGUCAAUGGAGGCCUUAGUAUGGUAUAG